AAAUUACUGCUAGGAAUAGUUAUGCGAUGGCAAAUUAAGCAGCAGGCUAUCUCAACAAGAUGAUGUGCUCUGCCUAGUUCCUUAUCUUUCUCUCCCAUCUCUUGGUGCCGCCGAAACCUGGUUAUGUGAUUCUGUCUCUCAAUCUUCCAUUCCAUUCCUUUCCUUGGUAUUACCUCCCCUAAUUCCAUAUACCCAAGCUCUGCUUCCACUAUAUCUCCAACCUACCAAAGACCUCCCAACCACUCUCUAGAUCACAUGCACACCAUAAUCUUCCUCCCUGCCUUCCUAGAUUCUUCCAGCUGCUGGAACACCAACCCCAACCGGCGGCAGCCUGCAGGAAUGCAUAUUAAUUUAUUCUUCCACCAACCUAAUUAUAAAUUCAGUCAAGUUGUUGUUCACACACAAGAGCGAGUAUAUAUCCUAGCUACGGUUUGCUGAUCGGAGAUAUACUCUUGCACCAUAUAUCUUCGAAUAUACUCCAUAUACAUCUCGGCUGAUGCAUGCUUAAUUCCUGAUCUGUUUCAAUUUGCAGCUGCAGCAACUAGCCAGUAAUCACUACUACUCCCUCACCUCACUCCUCUGGUCGUCAGUCGGAGCAAUGGCCACGGCCACUGGAGCAGGAGGUGGAGGAGGAGGCUUUGGUGAAGGAGACGGCCAUUUUUGGCCCAACAAGCCGAUGUCCAUGUCAGAGGGGGCGCAGCCGGAGCCGGCCAGAUUUGGUGAAGGGACAGGAGGCGGCGGAGGAGGAGGCGGUGGUGAAGGAGACCCCCAAGGUUGGCUGAACGUGCCGCUGUUGAUGUCGGAGACGACGGAAAGGACGCUGGCCCCGCAGCCGGCGCUCAAAUGCCCUCGCUGCGACUCCACCAACACCAAGUUCUGCUACUUCAACAACUACUCCCUCACGCAGCCCCGCCACUUCUGCCACGCCUGCCGCCGCUACUGGACACGCGGCGGAGCUCUGCGUCGCGCCAAGCGCAGAACAAAGCCCAAAGCUGCCAUAGAAGCAGCGGGAGUGAUGUCGUUGGCCAGGUCAAUGGCACCCAACAGCGCCACCGCGGCCAUGCCUGCAGGGAUGCACGACUACUCCGCGCCAUGUUCGUCGCCAACAUCUUCUGAAAUCUCCCUGGAAUAAUCUCCAACGGUGGGUGGCUGAGGGGGCGGCGGGGGAGACUGUCGAGGAGCAUUGCACGGGGGUCGUUAUAUAUGUUACACUUUUUUUUUUCUGUCGAUUCAUUUUAGGUUUUUUUUUUCCGUCUGGAUACAAAUAGGCAUGAUGCCACUUCAAACUGCAAAUAAACAGUUAGUUCAUAAACAAAUUUCCCAAGCACGUACCCCUUCUGACCAGGAUAUAACUGCUGACCGAUCACUGUUUGCUAAAGGAUACAUUAGGUUUCGUGCUCAGUUAAGCUAAAGGCUCACUACUCACUUGAUUA